UUUACGUUUGUAGACACGCGCAAUGAUAGCCGGAAGCACCGAUCUGAGGAAAAUAAAAAUCGAUGAAAUCCACUGUAUUUCGCGAGUAUAAACCUCUCACUUACUGUCCUUUUCGCGACCGUAGGCUCGAAUUGAUCUGCCCUUUUCACCGUCACUGUGCCUGUGGCGAAGGUAGAGAGCAGGAAAGCUGCUCCAUUUGAACGAAGUUGCUCGGUAGGGGUUUAGCUGACGUGUGGAGAAGUUGAGACUGCCAGAGAGCAGAUAAACAAACAUAAACAAGCAGGGACCAGCUGAGCGCCUGUCCGAACCGAACCAGCGGCACGGAGAGAUGUCAGGGAGAGCGAGUUUCCUCUUUCAAACCCAAGAAUGAUCCACAGGAGACCGUGACUUACACUGAUACUAGCUCCAUGUCAACUGUCAACACUGGCACACAAAGAAUUUCGGAAACAAAACACGAGGACCAGCCAUAGGCUUUAGCAGAAAAGCCAUUGCUCCUGUCACUGUCUCUUUGUCAAGACAGGCUAGCAUGGACAACCAAUAAGUUUACCUUCCAGUUUUCAGCUGUGACGAAACGAAUACAUAUUACAGUGCAAGGAGACAGAGGUGUCAGAAGUGGGAUUAACAUGGCCCACCAGGCAACCCCUAGUUCCCAGAAGGCCCUGAUGAUGGAGCUGAAGUCUCUGCAGGAGCAGCCGGUGGAGGGCUUCCGCAUCACUCUGGUGGAAGAGUCUGACCUCUACAACUGGGAAGUGGCCAUCUUCGGGCCCCCUAACACCCUGUAUGAGGGAGGCUACUUUAAGGCUCACAUCAAGUUCCCAGUUGACUACCCUUACUCCCCACCAACCUUCCGCUUUCUCACAAAGAUGUGGCACCCCAACAUCUACGAGAACGGAGAUGUGUGCAUCUCCAUCCUGCACCCUCCUGUCGAUGACCCUCAGAGUGGGGAGCUGCCCUCUGAACGGUGGAACCCCACCCAGAACGUCAGGACUAUCCUGCUUAGUGUGAUCUCUCUGCUUAAUGAGCCCAACACCUUCUCCCCGGCUAAUGUGGACGCGUCUGUCAUGUUUCGCAAAUGGAGGGACAGCAAAGGCAAGGACAAGGAGUAUGCAGAGAUUAUCAGGAAGCAGGUGAUGUCAACAGCAGCAGAGGCUGAGCGCGAUGGAGUCAAGGUGCCGACCACGUUGGCCGAGUACUGCGUCCAGACCAGGGUUCCCUCCCAGGACAGCAGUUCAGACCUUCUCUAUGACGACCUGUACGACGACGACAUGGAAGAGGAGGACGAGGAGGAAGACGAGAGCGAUAUGGAGUCUGUAGGUGAAGCCGGGGGGAUCAGCCCCACGGAGGACGGCGGGACGUCCACCAGACGUUACGACAACCAAGACGACUCUGGCAACGAAGACUCAUGAUGAUCUGGAUGAUAACUCCUCCCUGCCAACUCCCCCAACCACCCUCCUUUUAUGUGUUACUUUCCGAUUUUGUGUGUGUGUCUCUGUAUGUGUGUGUGUCUCUGUGUGUCUGUAGGUGUGUGUGUGUGUGUGCGUUUGCACAUACAGUGGGGUCAACAGUCAACUGCCAAAAUAAACGUUUCAUCAUUUAUUAAACUAAUACAAUGAUUGGUCA